AAACAUCAGCUGUUCCCAUCAGGCUCAAGUAGCUGCUAUGCUAACCCUAUCAAACAGGUUGCUUAGCCUGGAUAGCCAACACACUGUUGGCGCAGAUAAAUGUGGCACCGCAGUAAAUGGGAGUUUGACAACACGUGGAAGAUCGAGUGAACGUGCGGAGAUGUGACUGCAUCUAGAAUAAACCUGAAGAUGGACAAGCCUUUUGACUCUAAACACCAGAGGAGACAGAGAAAGGAUCCUGCUGAGCUUCACACAGCUUCAUCACCACCUCUGAUGUUACCAAAUCCUUAUAUUUCUGACCAGAUUUCAAGAGGGAACCGCUCAGGUCAGAGCCCAAAGCCAGCAAGAAAAGAGGGAGAUGUAGCGAGAAGUCAUGGCUACAGCAGCAGCCGUCGCGUUAGAGAGACCAGUGAUGAUUUCCACCAGAGAGACAGGUCCGUACGGGAUCUGCAAGCAAAGGCAUCAAAAAGCAGCAGUGACUCUCCUGCUCAAGGCAGAAUCAUGGGCAAGAACACUGAUGGACAGAAAAGAGGUUUUAGAGAUGCUAGGUCUGUUCCAAACUUUUCAGGGAGACCAAAACCAGCACAGACUGACUUGAUCCCAUUUGAAGUGAAGAUGGCUGACUUCCCAGAGUUAGCUGGUGUUUCCCUGGGUAAAGCAGACCCUCCUCUUGUUCAGAAAGAGUGUUGGGGUCCAACUCCUCCAUCCACAAGUCCUCAAAUGCAUGUGUCAGCAUCUGCAUGGAAGUCCGGCAGGAGAGGAUCCCCAACACAACCUGAUCCCCAACCAAGUGCCACUAAUACUACGACAGACUCCCGUGCCAUCUCACCAGGUCAGCUGGUCGUGACAUCGUGGGCUAAUGUUGCCUCUCAGCCUCCGAAGAAACUCAUCCCUAAAGAGAAGACAAUCAGCAGUAAUCACGUGCAGUUGGAGGAAAUGGCACAGCAGGAAGAGGGUGCCUCAGGGAAGAAAAAACGGAAGAAAAAGAAGAAGAAAGCUAAAGGUGAAGAUGCAGAAGUGGACCCUGAAGAAUCACCACUUUAUCAGGAGCCUCCCAAAUUUGAGGAUGAAGAGGAGUUUCCAGGUUUGACUUCUUUGACUGUGACUGAUAGAUUGAUAAGCAGCAGUAAUGCAGCAAAGCUAUGCAAUGAGGAAAACCAAAGAGAAGGAGGUCAGCACCAGUCUGCGGACCAGAACAAGGAAAAAUCAACUGCCACAAAAACUCUGCCCACAGAGACAGUUAAAAAAGGACAGAAAGCUGAAAAAGUGCAAAGCAGUAAGAAGAGCAAAGUUCCUGUUCAGCUGGACAUUGGAAAUAUGUUGGCCGCCCUGGAAAAGAAGCAGCAAUCUCAAAAAGCCAAGCAAGACGCCAAACCAGUCAUUCUUUCAGUUGGUGGGGGACUACCUGUUGUCCAGAAGCAGCCAUCAGUCCAGAAGAAGCCACCUUGGCAGCAGGAUAAAAUUGCACACAAUCCCCUGGACUCCACUAGCCCUUUGGUGAAGAAAGGAAAGCAGAGAGAGGUGCCCAAAGCCAAGAAACCCACUCCUCUCAAGAAGGUCAUUUUGAAAGAAAGGGAGGAGAGGAAACAGAGACGUUUGCUGGAGGAGAGAGGUCUGCUGCCUGAGAAUGAGCUCAAUCCUGCCAGUGAUCCUGCAGAAGAGGAGCAGUGUGACACUAAUGCACCAGAGGUUGGGAGUCCUACAGAGGAACUUGAUGAUCAGUUGGAGUUAAAUGGCAUAAACCAGAUGGUGAGAGAGGGCGAUGAGGAGACUGACAAAGAUGAGACUGUGGAGCAGCAAACCACCACCUCACCUGUGCCCUGCCCAGUCAAUCGACCCAAAAUCCACAGCAGAAAGUUCAGAGACUACUGCAGCCAGAUGCUGAGCAGAGACGUGGAUGAGUGUGUGACGACUCUGCUAAAGGAGCUGGUUCGUUUCCAAGACCGCCUGUACCAGAAGGACCCCAUGAAGGCCCGCAUGAAGAGACGGAUUGUGAUGGGGCUCAGAGAGGUCCUGAAGCACCUCAAACUCAGGAAGGUCAAGUGUGUCAUCAUCUCACCCAACUGUGAAAGAAUCCAGUCCAAAGGUGGCUUGGAUGAGGCUCUGCACACCAUCAUUGACACGUGUCGUGAACAGGGGGUACCAUUCGUGUUUGCGCUCUCCAGGAAAGCUUUGGGUCGCUGCGUCAACAAGGCAGUGCCUGUCAGCUUGGUGGGGAUUUUCAACUACGAUGGUGCACAGGACUACUACCAUAAGAUGAUCGAGUUGUCAUCUGAGGCCAGGAGAGCCUAUGAAGUGAUGGUGUCGAGCCUGGAGCAGACAGGCCAGGCAGAGGCGGAGGCAGAAGCAGAGGCAGAGCAGGGAGUGAACACUGAGGAGGAGCUGCAGAUCAGCAGGCUGGCUGAGCCCAGUCCUGACACCACACAGCCAGAGGAACCAGAAUACAUAAAAAUUUGGAAGAAAAUGUUGGAGAAGGACUACAACCAUAAAUUUUUGAACUUUGAGGAGCAGUUGAGCUCCAUGCAUUUGGACAGUGAAUGUACUGAAAACACUGAUGAAGAUGUGAAGAGUUGACAAUGGUGAAGCCCUCUGUGCCUAAAAAAAAUGAACCCGCCUGUGCUGAUCACCAGCGUAGGAGAAAGUAGGGUGGACUUAAUCCCAUAUGCAAGUGCUGUGCUGCAGUGAGGAUUUUGUCAGGAAAUUGUCAUGUUGCUAAUUUUUGCAAUGAAUUAUGAAUUAUUUUUCCCUUUUUUUUUUUUGAAAAGCUAAAUUAAUAUGUUUGUGUUUGAGUUCAAGAUAAAUGGGUAAAGCUGUGUAUAUAUAUAAGAGUGUAUGGAGGUUAACCACUGAUUUACCAGGACCAAAGCUGUCACUUGAAGAGAUCCCACAAUAUGAAUUUUCAACCAUGUUGUCUGUGAAUGUACCUAGACAAUGUGUAGGGGUUUAUGUACUGACUGUGUGUAGAAUAUCAACCAGUUAUUGAGGACUAAGAAAUAAUGAGUGAUAAUUUGGCUCAAGAGCCACUGUUUUACAUUUUUCUCUGGUUCUCUUCUCAAUUAGCUUCACUUUAUUUGACAGAAACGGUAGAGGAUAACAGGAAAUGAGAUGAGAGGGGAAGGAUGGCGAGCAACAAAGGUCUGCAGAUCUUAAAUAGGCCUAAAUAAGAAUUGAAUUAAUUCUAAACAUAAAGUCAUGAUUGAAAAAUCUUAUUGAGCCCACAGUCUUAAACCCCCAGGCCACCAUGACACACCUAGGUUUCAUUUAAGAGCUAUUUUCUUGUUUUUAAGAAAUGAAAUCCUUUUUUACAUUACAAGUCAGAGAAGUUUUUUUUUAAUUCUGAUUGCACUACGUAGUAGAACCUGUGUUUUUGAUAGCACAGGUACUGCACACUAUAUGUUGGACUGCCUCUGAUUAGGUUCUUUUAACAGGAAAAACAACAAAAUAGGAAAAAACAUUGCCUGCUGUUAAUUUGAGUGAGUUUUCUGUUGUUCCACAUAGUGAAGAAAAAGAAAUAAAACCACAAAAUAAUCAAAAAAGACAAAUGACAGUAAUCUUAAGCACUAGGUGACAGUCCCGGUAAAAGAAGCAAUAAAUUACUAAAUUUGAAAUUAAGUUAGAAUUCAGAUUUAAAACGAGUGAGAUGAAAACUGUAGGUUAGAGAAGACUUAUCAUCAUGACCUAGUAAGUCUUAAAACAUUGCGGUCAUCAUUUUGAAUUCGAAAUUACUAAUAUGAACGUUUCAGUUGUGGAGAGAUGGUGCAGUGUUUGAUGUGGUAAAAAAAUGUGAUGUGCAGUGAGUUCAGACCUGAAUGAAUCUUGUUAUUGGAAGUUGGUAUGGGAUUGGGUUCAUGCAAGGUGGACUAGAUGUUGCUGAACAGUUCUGUCAAGUAGAAUUUGGUAGUUACCAGUACCAAUAUGAUGUAGCUAAAGAUAUAUUCUCUAAUGCAGCUGUUUUCUAAAUCAUUGAAUAUAAACUAAAUACAAAUGCGGUAUUUACUUUAAGAGAGUGAAACAUAAAUAUACAAGAGGAAUAGUACUUGGCCGAGUAUGUUUCCCUGAGGCACCCCAAUAUAAUACACAGUGAUUACAUAACUAAAUUGAAACAAAUGUUCUAAUAAAUGUAAAAAGAAAAACAGAAAAAAAUGACAUUUAGUAAGAAUUGGGUCUUUGUCUGUUGUUGACAUUAUUAAUAUUUGUCAAUAAAUAUCACACUAAAUAAGUGAUCUUUGAUCUGAAUAAAGGUUCUUGGAAAAUA